GCACAUGGAAAGGAAUUGCAUAGACAUUCGACCGCAUUAUUUGACUAUGCAUUGGGAAUAGAUCACUAUGAUUCAGUAUGUAUCAGUCACCUUACCAGGAGAAACGCAUAAAGGGUCUAAUCGAUUCCCCGAAAUGGGCCAUUUUAAAAGUGAACUCAAGGUGGGACAGAAGUGUUUGCCUACGGAUGUGUUCUGGUCUCAUGUUUUGAGGUGGUCCGGACAUGUCCGAGCAAGUCAUCCAAAGGCGUAAACACAUCCCAUGUUUCAAAAACCAUCCGCAAACCUCAGAAACAAUCACAUUGUUCGCACAACACUCCCCAAACACAUCAGAAAAUACUACAUCAAUCUCACAGAAACCUCCACGUUCAUCCACGCAAGCCGCCCGGGCCCAGCCGGCAGAAAGAGAGGCCAAGCAGGUGCGCUAUGCAUCGACCCUGGACCAGCUCAAGGAGCUCACUGGGAAGGACAGCACCAUCCCCCUGGAUCGCUACCGGAACAUUGGCAUUAUGGCCCACAUCGAUGCGGGAAAGACCACCACCACCGAGCGGAUCUUGUACUACACCGGACGGGAGAAGAAGAUCGGCGAGGUUCAUGAAGGCCAAGCCACCAUGGACUGGAUGGAGCAGGAGCAGGAGCGAGGCAUCACCAUCACCAGCGCAGCCACCACAGCCUUCUGGAACAACCAUCGAAUCAACAUUGUGGACACCCCGGGCCAUGUGGAUUUCACCCUCGAAGUCGAGCGCUCGCUGCGGGUCUUGGACGGUGCCGUGGCCGUCUUCGAUGGCGUGGCCGGCGUCGAGCCGCAGAGCGAAACGGUGUGGCGCCAGGCAGACAAGUACAACGUCCCACGCAUGUGCUUUGUGAACAAGAUGGAUCGCGAGGGCGCUGAUUUCUUCAAGGAUGUGCAGAUGAUGGUGGAUCAACUGGGGACGAACCCUGUGCCCAUCCAACUGCCCAUCGGAAAGGCCUCCAGCUUCAAGGGCGUCUUCGACUUGGUGGAGAUGAAGUCUCUGAUUUGGAGUGGUUCCGAGCUGGGUGCAGAGUAUGAGGUGAAAGAUGAGAUUCCCGAGGGCAUGGAGGAGUUGGUCGAGAAGUAUCGUGAGAAUCUGGUUGAAAAGGCAGCGGAGCAGGACGAGGAGGUCUUGGAAGCCUACCUGGAAACAGGUGAAGACCCAGAUGUGGAGACACUGAAGAAGUGCAUCCGCAAGGGCACCUUGAGCUUUAGCAUGGUGCCUGUGCUGUGUGGCACCGCCUUCAAGAACAAGGGCGUGCAGCCCCUUUUGAACGCGGUCUGCGAUUACCUGCCUUCACCCUUGGAUGUGCCGGCUACGAAGGGUAAGAACCCCAAGGACGAGGAGGAGGAGCUGGAGAGGAUGCCAUCUCCUGAUGAGAAGCUCUCAGGCCUGGCCUUCAAGGUGGCGGCAGAUCCCUACAUCGGCACACUGACCUUCUACCGCAUUUAUUCCGGCAAGGUCAAGGCCGGCGAAAUGGUUUGGAACCCCCGCAGCAAGGCCAAGGAACGCAUGGGCCGAAUGGUCCUCAUGCAUUCCAACAAGCGCGAGGAGAUCAAGGAAGCCCAGGCGGGGGAUAUCAUUGCCAUCGUUGGCCUGAAGGACACCACCACUGGAGAUACCUUGUGCGCCAUUGAUGCUCCCAUCGUCCUUGAGAAGAUGGAUUUCCCCGAGCCGGUCAUCAAGGUCUCGUGCGAGCCGACCUCGCAGAAGGAUGCGGACAAAUUGGGCGAAGCUCUGAACAAGUUGGCUGCAGAGGACCCUUCCUUCCGCUACAGCCGCGAUGAAGAGUCCAACCAGACGGUCAUCGAGGGCAUGGGGGAGCUGCACUUGGAGAUUAUCAUUGAUCGCCUGAAGCGAGAGUUUAAGGUGGAAGCCGAGGUCGGCAAGCCGCAGGUGGCCUAUCGGGAGACCAUUACAGAGCCCAUCGAGCUUUGGUACACCCACAAGAAGCAGAGCGGCGGCUCUGGACAGUAUGCCAAGCUGUGCAUGGUCUAUGAGCCAAACCCAGGCGAAGGCUACGAGUUCACCAACGAGGUCAUUGGCGGAGCCGUGCUCAAAGAGUACAUCCCGGGCGUGAUGAAAGGCACUGAGGGUCAGAUGAUGAAUGGCAUCCGCAUGGGCUUCCCUGUGGUAGAUGUGAAGUGCAAGCUGAAGGACGGUGGUUUCCACCCAGUGGACUCCUCCUCCAUCGCCUUCGAGAUCGCCGCGCGCGCCGCCUUCAAGGAGGGCACCAACCAAGCGAAGCCCAUCGUCAUGGAGCCCAUCAUGAAGGUGGAGGUCAUUACCCCCGAGGAAUACAUGGGCAACAUCAUCGGGGAUCUCAACAGCCGCCGUGGCAUCGUCAACGAACUGGGCACCCGUAACAAUCUCCAUGUGGUGAACGCAUCCGUGCCCUUGGCCGAGAUGUUCAGCUACAUCGCGGAGCUGCGAAACCUCUCGAAGGGCCGUGCUAACUACAGCAUGGAGUUCCAGAAGUACGAGGCUGUGCCUGAGAAUGUGGCAGAGACGAUCGAGGCUAAGACUAAGUAAUCGAUUUCUUCGGCCGCGCUCAGCCGAAGCCAAGCAGACGAAGCUGUUUCGCGCUUUGUGUCCAAGCGCCCCGACAUCGCUCAGUUUUCUGCCUGCCUUGGCGAUGGCUCAGCGUGUUCUUUCCACCACGCGCCGACGCGAGGGCCGGGCGACCUUCUUUUUCCGCGCGAAGCCCAACUCCGUGGCUGUCAGCGCAGACCAAAA